CAACUUCAUUAGCUAAUCAAUUCGUGCUGCAAACAUGAAAUUCCCCAUCACCAAGUAAAACUAAAAAUAUCAAUAGCAACACCAGACAACAUCAGCUCAAGAGAUUAGUUAAACGAACUCUGGAAUGGCGAGUCUCAAGAGACCCCAGGGUGCUGACCCGAAUUCGCCAAACCUCUCCAGCAAGGUCUAUGUGAGAUCUACCAAGAGCGGCAAGGUUCAGAAGAUUGUGCGUGAGGUCUACCUCCGACAAGACAUCCCAUGUUCCUCUAAACUAUGCACAAAGUGUAUGGCUACUGCGCCGAGGAAUGCGGGCGGUGAAUUAACUCCCUUCGUCCUCUCGGACAAACCCGCGGGGACCAAGUCAUAUCCCCAGGGACAUUAUCUUGUUCCAGAUACCAAUGCCUUACUAAAUGCUAUGGAUCUGUUUGAGCAGAGCUCUGCAUUCUACGACGUCAUCAUUUUACAGACAGUCCUAGAGGAGCUACGGAAUAGGUCCUUACCGUUAUAUAACCGACUAAUCGGUCUUACGAAAAGUCAAGAUAAACGCUUCUAUGUUUUCUUCAACGAAUUCAGACUCGAGACAUACGUGCCUCGGGAACAAGAAGAGACCAUUAAUGAUAGGAAUGAUAGAGCCGUCCGCCAAGCCGUCAAAUGGUACAAUGACCAUUUGGGCCAGAACAAGAGCAAAAAAAUACCUGUUACGGUCAUGCUCACGGACGAUAGGUUAAACAUCGAAAAGGCGAAGAAGGAAGAUAUCCCCGCGAUAGCAUUGCGCGACUAUGUUUCGGGGCUCGAGGAUGGAGAUCGACUGCUUGAUAUGAUCGCCGAUUCGCAAGAGCGAGGUAUCUCCAGAGAUAAGAAGGCGUCUGACUUCCUGUAUCCUGAACACUAUUCCCUGUCCAAGAUGAUGACAGGAGUCAAAGGUGGUGUGCUUCAUCAAGGAAUUUUCAACGUAUCUCCAUACAACUACCUCGAAGCUUCGAUUAAGGUCCCCGCGUUUCCGAAAGCUCUUCUCGUUCUCGGCCGCGAGAAUAUCAAUCGCGCGGUCGACGGAGAUCUGGUGGUAGUGGAAGUUCUUCCCCAAGACCAAUGGAAGGAGCCCUCAACCAAAAUCCUCGAGGAAGAAGCCGUUACGAAAAACGAAAACGCUGAUAACGAAGAGGGUGGCGAUCUUGUCACGGAACAGGAGAGGCGAGCUCUACAAGAGCAAGUUAAGAAGACCCAAGGUCUAAGCACCGAAGGUCGACCACAACCUACCGCGAAGGUAGUCGGUGUCGUCAAACGAAAUUGGCGUCAAUACGUUGGUCAUGUCGAUCCGUCGUCCGUUAGUCAAUCCGGCAAACAGGGCCGAAAACAAGAAAGCGUCUUUCUCAUCCCUAUGGACAAGAAAGUUCCUAAGAUCCGUAUACGUACAAGACAAGCUGGGGAACUGGUAGGAAAGCGCAUAUUGGUCACAAUCGAUUCCUGGGAUCGCGAAUCCCGACAUCCAAUUGGCCAUUUUGUUAGAUCUUUAGGAGAGCUAGAGACCAAGGCGGCGGAGACCGAGGCACUACUGCUCGAAUACGAUGUCCAAUACCGACCUUUCCCGAAGACAGUCCUGGAUUGUCUACCCGCGGAAGGUCACGAUUGGAAAGUGCCAGCUAGUACGGAUGACCCCGGCUGGAGGGAUAGGGAAGACCUUCGCGGCCUUCUAAUCUGCAGUAUCGAUCCUCCUGGUUGCCAGGAUAUUGAUGAUGCUUUACAUGCAAGACCAUUACCAAACGGAAACUUCGAAGUCGGUGUUCAUAUCGCUGAUGUUUCGCACUUUGUGAAACCAAACAAUGCCAUGGACUUAGAAGCUAGUAUUCGAGGAACGACUGUCUAUUUAGUAGACAAGCGUAUUGACAUGUUACCGAUGUUACUUGGUACUGAUCUCUGUUCAUUGAAGCCUUACGUUGAACGCUACGCUUUCUCGGUUAUAUGGGAAGUCAACGAAUCGGCUGACAUCGUCAAUGUGAGGUUCACAAAGUCAGUCAUCAAGUCUCGAGAAGCAUUCAGCUACGAACAAGCACAAUUACGUAUCGACGAUGCGUCGCAGCAGGAUGACCUUACACAAGGCAUGAGAACAUUAUUGAUGCUCUCGAAAAAGCUAAAGCAGAAGCGUAUGGACGCUGGUGCUUUGAGCCUUUCGUCACCUGAAGUGAAGGUCGAAAUGGAAUCCGAGACAUCAGAUCCCAUCGACGUCAAGACCAAGGCACUACUAGACACCAACUCCCUCGUCGAAGAGUUCAUGUUACUCGCCAAUAUUAGUGUCGCAGGCAAAAUCUACGAAGCCUUCCCACAAACAGCCAUCCUCCGUCGCCACGGGGCGCCUCCUAAGACCAACUUCGACGAGCUAGCUAAUCAACUGAAAGUGAAGCGUAACCUUGAGCUACGCUUCGACUCAUCAAAAGCCCUUGCGGAUUCGCUAGAUGGCUGUGUGGAUCCCAAGGAACCCUUCUUCAACACACUCGUCCGUAUCAUGGCGACUCGCUGCAUGAUGAGCGCCGAGUACUUCUGUGCUGGCACCCAAGCAUACCCGGAGUUCCGCCACUACGGUCUCGCAUCUGAGAUAUAUACCCAUUUCACGAGUCCCAUCCGUCGAUACGCCGACCUCGUCGCGCAUCGCCAGCUCGCAGCCGCGAUUGACUACGAGCCUAUGCACGGCUCCGUCCGCUCACGCGGACGUCUCGAAGCCGUGUGCAAGAACAUCAACGUACGCCAUCGUAACGCGCAACUCGCCGGUCGCGCCAGUGUAGCGUAUUACGUAGGCCAGUCCCUGAAGGGCCGCGUAGCCGAGGAAGAAGGCUUCGUAAUGAAAGUGUUCAGCAACGGUUUCGUAGUCUUGGUACCUCGCUUCGGCAUAGAAGGACUGAUCCGACUGCGCGAUCUUGCGGAACCGGAACCUGAGAGCGCAUUCGAUGCGGAAAGGUACGCGCUUAAAACGAGUGGGAGUCGAGAGGUUGAGGUUCAGCUUUUUGCGAAGGUGUUGGUUAAGAUACAAGAUGUCAAGGAUGAGAGUACGGGGAAGAGAGGCGCGAAGAUGGAGCUUGUUCGUGUUCUUUAGGGGUGAGGUCGUCGGGGGUGGUCGUGGCUUUGGGGGGUAAUGCACAGUGCCUCAGAGGCAGAAAUAUAAGAUAAUCUAAGAUCAAUCAUGUCAUUAAGCCAUCGCGAAAAUAAAAGUGAUCAUGCAAGCUC